CAAAUGUUGUCACCACAGCCAGUCUCACUUCUCUUCUCCUCCUCCUCCGCCUCCUCCUCCUACUCUUCAUUCCCUUCCUCUUUUCUCCUCUGACCGACGUCCCACACGCCCUGCCCGCACAUCAGAAGUCCCUCAUAUUCCCCACAGGAUAAGAUGCCAUGGAGGCCACCAGAACAACGGUGUUGUGUGUCUGCUCUGUCCUGUUUGUUCUAACAGAUGUCGGCUGUGAACUGAUUCACAUUCGUUCAUCGGUUCAUCAUGGAACCAAAGGGAAGGAUCUUCUCCUCUCUGUCGAUGCCAGAUUUCCACUGGACGAAGCUGAGAUCCAGGGAACUUGGUCUCACACUAAAGUGAGCGGUGCUAGCACCACGUUGGUCACAUUUACCAAAGACAGCAAAAUCAUAGACAUGACGUACCGCAAGCGCCUGGACUUCAGAGAGCCAAACGCUUCUCUGUCAAUCCGGAAUUUGAAAGAGGAUGACGAGGGAUAUUACAAGCUGAGCCUCAACAUAGAGUUUCGUAACGAAAAAGGAAAGGUGAAGAAAGAAGAAAGAACUAUUCAUGUGACAGUAGAUGAGCCUGUCUCCAGACCAAUCAUUGAGAAGAAGCCAUCACAUACAGUCAUAGAAGACAAAGCAAAUGUAACUUGGACUUGUUCUGUUGAGAAAGGAACAAGAGUUGUCUUCCGGUGGCUAAGGGAUAAUGUUUCACUUACUGCCAGUGAGAGAUACCACUUUACUCAAGACAAGUCCAUGCUGUUGAUUAGCCCUGUGAGAAAGGAGGACAAGGGGACUUAUCGCUGUGCUGUCAGCAACCCUGUGAGCCAAAUCAUUGAAAGCAGGGGAGUGGAGCUCAAUGUUUACUAUGGUCCCUACAACCUGGAGGUGAACUCUGUCCAGGGCCUCCGAACAGGGAAAGUGUUCACCAUCAACCCAGGAGAGCUGGUGUACUUCGAAUGCCAGGCCGAUUCCAACCCCCCCAACAGCUACGUCUGGAUCUCCAAGAGCCCCAAUGCCACAAAGAUCAUCACAACGGGACCCCAGCUGCAGGUGAAGUCCAACGAGCUGGCCCAGACGGAGGACUACCUGUGCCGAGCCUUCAACAACGUGACCAAGAAGCAGGAUGAGGCCCAGUUCACUCUGGUGGUGGCCAGCUUGAGAACAGUGAAAGAGAAAUACACCCAUGAUGGCAGAUCUAUGUCUCUGCUGGCAGUCAUUGCGGUCUGCUCAUUCAUCAUUGGCUUUAUGCUGCUGUUCCUCUUCCGCAGGGCAUGUCAUCCAAAGAGAGUCCUCAUGAAUAUCUACAACAGACCGUUUUCAGAGCAGAAACGACCUCAUCGCUCAGGUCAUGAAGAUGCAGCAGAGGACUUUGGCAUCUAUGAGUUUGUCUCCAUACCAGGAAAAAUGGAUUCCACACAGGCAUCAUGCAAAUCUCUGGUCCGGCUCGAGUCCAUUCAAGACAUGCACACCACCAUCUACGAUGUGAUCAGACACGUCCCAGAAUCCCCCAGUGCCAGCUUGUUGAAGUAAUUGUUUGCUGGGUAGAUUCAGUUGUCACACUUGAAGAUUUCUGUGUAGCCUUAUUCUUGUGUUUGCUGCCGAACUGUUUUUUUGCACACAAAAUGAAGGAGACUUGUUGGGGUACACAACCUGAAUAUGCACUGUUACUGUUGAGAGUUUGGGACAUAUAUUUAUCAUCUUCUACUAGAGACAGGUAAAAAGUGGACAUAUGAUUGUGUUUUUUUAUUUUAUUUUAUUUAACAUGAUACAUUUUUUUGUCUUUUAUUUUGUGUUCAAAAAUGAAGAUCGUUAAAAACCAAGCUGGUCUUUAUAUUACUUUGAGCUUUUUUAAUGCAUAAACAGCCAAAACUUUGCAACUUAUGUAACAUUGUUGCUUUAAGAAAUGAAUUAACUUGCAAAUUCAAACAGUCCCUUAUGUUGACGUAUGUUUUCUGACAAGUGUUACAAUGAAGGCAUUUAAUAUUUACAAUAAUUGCCUUAUUGUAAAUAUUGUACAUGGAUUAUCCUAAAGAGACUUUACAUAUAAUGUUCUAUUUCCUCUUUUUGUUUCUUGUGUGUGAAGUUCCUAGAAAUGGAAAAAGAAAGCACACAAAAACAUCAAUACAUUUGCCUUUAGAGUGAAUCUGAGUCAAAAUCCUAAAUUUUUCAUAUUUUUGUUUUCAGGAGAAAAAUUCAAGAAAUCUUUUAUUUUGCUUGUUUAUUUUUAUUACAUUUUUUAAAGUAAAAAAUGCAGAAUUUACCACCUUCUAUGACCGUAUACAAUGCUCAUACUGAAAUAGGUAUAGACAGUUUUAUUGUUUAAAUAAAAACGUGUAUUUUUCACAUACUGAACGUUUUUGCAGUGUGUCAUCUACCAGUUAUUUGGGAAUGUAAUUUAUUGCUCCAGGUGAGGGGGUACAUUAUCCAUCGAAAACAGAAAUGUUUUGCAAGGUAGACAUUUUGAUGUUAGCCUGUUGUCUACAUGCAAAGUAAAUGUUUAGAAGGACAAACAAAAAAAAUUUAAAGCUGUUUUUAAAAGUGGUGUAUAUAACCGUUUUUUUUUUACUCUAUCUCUGUGGACAUGACAUACAGAGAUUCUUGAAAACAAUGUACUAGUCUACUUUAUUUAUGGCUGCUGUUGUUGUUUUUUUUUGUUGGCUAUUUUGAGACCAGAUCAAGGUUAUGUCUUGCUUUAUCAUGGGAAUAAAAGGUUGUUUUGAGACAAUAAACUGUAUCACACACCAUUGGUAAUGUUUAUGCAUUCUGUACAGCACUGGUCCCUGUUUGGUUUGUUAAAGUGCUGUACAAUAAAGAUGGACUGGAUUGGAUUGAAUGGGAUCCAUUUUCUUCUCUUCUCCAACUCAGACAACCUUCUUGCCACUACCGAAAGUCAAUGUUUGUAGCUUUUUUCAGAAAGUCAGGUGAGUUGAGGGAAAGUUUUGUAGGAGAACUAGGUCAAACAGGCAGGGAGUACAUUUUAAAAACCAAUACUCAUUGUUUGCAAUUUCCCAUUUUGGACAAGUUUCACUGUUAAAACUAUACAAUGAAUAGAUGAAAAAUGUAAAACAAAAUUAAUCUCUUGAAUAUUCUGCCUUUUCAUGGUCAUUGUGCUAACAUACUUGAGUUUGUUUCUCCAAAAGUAUUCUUUUGUUUGUUUUCCUUUGCUUUUCCUGCUCAAACUGAGUAAAAUCAAAUGCUUUAAGAAAAAAAAAAUUAUAAUUCUGAAAUGAUUGUACAAUUUGUGUAUAUGUGUUUUGUACUUUAUUAAAUAUAUAUGUGUUUA